AUACAAAAACUGACUAAACAAUUACAGAUAUUUUUAAUUUUUAUAAUUUUAGAUUUUAACGACAGAACAACUCUGAGAUUUACAGUCAUUUAAUAGGUUAAUAAAUAUACUUAACUAUCGCAAGUCAUGACUAUUAUACAGAAACCAUCGCUGAAGGAACCGACCGACGAUGAAAAAGAGGCUAUCAUUCAAAUGAGAGAUGCAUUUCAAUCAGAAGUUACCGAAAACCCAGAUUUGUAUUACAAGAAAGAUGUGGAGCGGGUGCURACCAACGACUGGGAAGUACAUCGGUAUCUGUUGGCAGCCGACGGCAACAUMAGUGCUGGACUGACYCGAUUGACUAAUUCAAUGAAAUGGCGCAAACAGUGGUCGGUAUGGGAUAUGUGCGAACAGGACUUUCCGCGAGAGUUCUAUCAAAUGCUACGCUUYGGUCGGGCGGACAACGGAUCCGUUUUGGUGAUAAGCAGAGCGCAGUUUUAUAUACCUAUCGAUGAAUGGCGAGAGUUGUUCAAAAAGUUUUACAUAUUUGUCUUGGAAUCGUUGGACAGACAAAACACUGGCGAUGGCGUAACAAUACUAUUUGAUUUGCGUGACUGCGGUAUCUGUAAUGUCGAUCUCGAUUUCAUCUGGUUUUUGAAACCCAUUCAAAGCAAAUACUAUCCAAUGCUAUUGAAACUACAGCUUAACUGUGACAUACCGUGGGUACUGAACUCCAUUUCCCAACUCAUACUAUCACUAAUGCCCGAAAAGACGCGCAAAAUCAUGCUUUUUGUCAAACGAGAAGAACUACAACAGUAUAUUAGACCAGAGUAUAUACCGGUUUAUUUAGGCGGCACUGGAAGUGAUAAUACAUCGUGGAAACCGGACAACUGCUUGACCGCCGAGGAAAUGGUCACUCAGAGACCCGAAAUAACUGAUAAAAGUUUGGCUAAACUCUUAAAACAUAUAAAUCCUUUGAUUAAAUUAUGCGAUCCAUAGUUUACAUAUUGAACAAYAUUUUAAGCGCAYUGUUAUUACUUUUAUGUUUUUAUAUUUAUUCAAUAGUUUACAAUUUUAUUAUAUUUUAAUGAA